AAAGCGUCUUUAACCUUCAAACUUUGAACAACAAGUUGUUACAAAAACAAAGUAAUGGAGUAGUGCCACGACGCGCGAUUGAACUCAUUUUGUAAUGUUUUAUACCUUAAAAGGGACGGAAAUCGAAAAAGAGAAGAAAAAAUGGAACAAAGAAAUGGCGAGCAUCGUCUUCGUCAAUCCCUUAAUGUACUUCCAACUGUCCAUUUCGAUGAUGUGGAUGCAAUGCCCGAUACUCGCGUAAAACAACUGGACAUUUUCCUACUAGGUUGUUCCAUAAUUAUGCAUGUUGUGGAUAUGUGUUUCGAUUAUAACAUCGCUAUUCAAUACCUUUUGAAUGGCAAAGAGACGUAUUUUAUUUGGACGAUAUGCUUUAUCCUGAUUCCUUCUCUGAUAAAUGUUUUAGUCAGUGAAAGGAUGCAACAUCAAGAUAGAGAAAAGAAUCCCAGCAUGGAUAUGCUAGAUGAUCAUAAAACAACGCGUUUAAUGAUCAAAAAUAAAUUAUUUUUUGUGCUUGCUAUUCCCCUGCAAUUAGCGCCAGUUGUGCAUUAUUGGGAAACUUUGAAAUAUGCAUUAAAAGCGCGCAAAUGUGAGAAAUCUGGAGACCGUGUAGGUGAAAGAAGAUAUUAUUUGAGAAUGCUCAAAGAAGAUCAAGAUGUUGCAUUGUUAAGGGUAUUUGAAUGUUACCUGGAAGCUGCGCCGCAACAUAUUCUGCAACUCACUCUGAUACUAAAGCAUUAUGAUAAUAGGAUUAAUCUUGAAUUUAUACAUCAAGCAGCUAGUGUUGUCAGCUCGCUUGUGAGCAUGGGUUGGGCAAUGGCUAGUUAUCAUCGUAGUAUUCGAUUAGCUCAACAGGAUAAAUCAAAUAUUGGUACUAUAGGAAUAAUUUUACAAUUUUUAUGGCACUUUUUCAUUACAGUGGCAAGGAUUUUAUCACUCAGUAUCAUUGCAAGCAUCUGGUCUACAUAUACUAUAAUAUGUUGCAUAAUACAUUGGAUAGGUAUGAUAAUAUGGAUUUUAGUUGAUUCCAAAGGAAUAUUAGAAUUUUGUCGGACUUAUAGUCUUCCACCACAUAUGCAGCCUUCGAUUAAGGAACGCAUUUAUUCUGUAUUAUUUGCCUCAGUUAUUGGCAUAGUUCACAUUUUCAUAUAUCUCAAUAUUGUGGAUGGCAAUACGUUUUGGAAACAUUUAUGCUUUUACAGUCUGUGUCUUUUGGAAAAUAUCACAUCAAAUUUCUUGUGGAAAUAUACUUGUCCUCCUGCCGUUCAAGAUGCUUGGUACUUUAAUGUAUUAUUUAUUAUUUGUAUUUUCUCCUUUUUUCUGGGAAUUUCAGCAAUGCUUCUAUAUUAUACUGUUUUUCAUCCUUCAAAAAAGCAUCAUACUUCAAAUGCAGUUCAAGUGACAUAACUUUAUCUAUUUCUUAUUCAAAAGAGUCACAAAAGAUGAACAAUUUGUAACUGUUCCUAUAUUUUUAUAAGGUUAUAUGAUAAUUUUACAAUGAACAGAAUCUCUAUUAUACAAUAGUCCAAUUGUACAGCUCACUUUUCAAAGAUUUUGCAAAAUGAACAAAGUCAUUUUGAUUAUACUUACAGCAUUUGUAGAUUAUAAUUUGAAAAAGACUGUGCACAAAAUUAUUUGUGCAAGACUGACUGUAUAUAUGUUACAAUUGCCAGGGGCCAACUAUAUAUAGUUUUUUAUACUGAAACUUUAACAGGAAUAUUUUCACUUAAGAAGUGUAAGAAAAUAUUUCUCAGGAAUAUUCAAAUAACGUGUAUAAAC